AUGGCCCAACUGAAAGACACAGACCAAUCUGAACGAGACUCAUUUGAAUGGCAUGAUGGAGCUGUUCUGAGACAACAAGACGAAGCUGUUCUGAGCAAACAAGACGAAGCUGUUCUGAGCAAACAAGACGAAGCUGUUCUGAGCAAACAAGACGAAGCUGUUCUGAGAAAAAAAGAUGAUUUGCUUGAAGCUGUUCUGAGCAAACCAGAUGAAGCUGUUCUGAGCAAACAAGAUGAUUUGCUUGAAGCUGUUCUGGGCAAACAAGAUGAUUUGCUUGAAGCUGUUCUGAGCAAACCAGAUGAAGCUGUUCUGAGCAAACAAGAUGAUUUGCUUGAAGCUGUUCUGAGCAAACAAGAUGAGGCUGUUCUGGGCAAACAAGAUGAUUUGCUUGAAGCUGUUCUGAGCAAACCAGAUGAAGCUGUUCUGAGCAAACCAGAUGAAGCUGUUCUGGGCAAACCAGAUGAAGCUGUUCUGAGCAAACCAGAUGAAGCUGCUCUGAGCAAACCAGAUGAAGCUGUUCUGAGCAAACCAGAUGAAGCUGUUCUGAGCAAACCAGAUGAAGCUGUUCUGAGCAAACCAGAUGAAGCUGCUCUGAGCAAACCAGAUGAAGCUGUUUCGAGCAUACAAGAUGAUUUGCUUGAAGCUGUAAGCAGACAGAAUGGUGCUGGUGUUCUCCCCUUGGUCCAGUGUGAAGUCCUGGUCGUCUCCCCUUGCUCCUGA